AUGGAAGUUCAGCAGCAACAGGUAACGCCGUACGAGACAGCGUUGCACUACGCCAGCCGGCUCAAGUUCUUCCGCGACGCGGACCUCGACGUGACAACUGACCUGGUAGAUUCCGUCGCGAUCGGUGAAGAAAGUUUCAACGUCGUGGCCCUAUUGGCGGCGCGUUGCAACGAAAGAAGACAUGAAGUUCUGGUCGAGUGGAAGGGGCUAGAAGAAGAAGAUGCGUCUUGGGAGCCUGUAUCCCAAUUGUAUAAAGACAUUGCGGUUGCGAUGUGGCGUUGGAUUGUGAUCAACACCGACAAAGAAGAAAUCAAGGCACUGCGGGCGGCCUUUGAAGAAACGUUCGGACACUCCCUAUAG